AAAGCACGUGGUGGGUGGUACGUUAAGGAAUUAGGAAUAUUCAAUAGGUACCGAUUAUUUAUAAAUGUUGAAAAUGAUUUAAUGAAUAUUCUUUACAUAUCUGUUUAUAAAUUAGGAAGAUUAAAGCAUUUUUUUAGAUGAUCAAUUAAAUUUUAUUGACCAUGUUGCAAUCUUAUCAUAUUGUACCUUGGUUUAGUUCAAAUGAGUGGUUAAAAGUAUACGAAAAGUUAUUUUCUGAAAAUGCAACUUACCAAAGUAAACACGGAGCCUUACAAUAUUUAUUGAUUUGGAAGGCAAGGAGUCCUUCAUUACCGGCAGGAGUGGAAUCGACUAUAUCUCUUUUAGAGGUUGACAUUCAAGAUUGUAACAACGGCUCUGAAAAUAAUGCACAACUACUAAGAAUGGCAUAUUCAACUGCAAUAAUGCGGUUUGUUAAUCACAUGCUUGACGAAGAAUCAGCUAAAGUAAACAGUCUAUACAAAGCCGCUAAAAAUUGUGGCUUGCCCGAUUGGAUUGUUGAUUUGCGUCAUGAAACAGCACAUAGUAAUAAUCUACCUUCUUUGGAUUUAUUAAGAGAAGCAACUUUUAUCAGCUUAGAAUGGUUAAGGAUCAAUUAUUGGGCUAAACAUAAAGAAGUAAUAAGUGAUUGUUCGGUGAACAAGACACUUAUAAGGAAUGUGAAGCCUAGUGAUAAAAUAAAUGCCUUGCUUAAUUUUUGUAUGUCACUCAGCUUCAGUGCUCAUCCUAAAUGCAGAAUCAAAAAUAUUGGAAAUAUUCCUAAUGAUUUGAGAGAAAGCUUAAUUGCAGAUGCAUAUGAGGUAUUCGGAGAUAAGGUGGACUUAUCAAACUUGAAAAAAGUUUAUCUGACUACUCUUAUCAAUCAUACAAUAUCAUAUGCGAAAAAAUUGCUAAAAAAUUGUGAAUCUUCUGAAAUUAACAGUAUACUAUUAGGCAAUGAUUCAAUAUUUUUAUCAAAUGAAUUGUGUGAGCUCAUGACUAAAAGCCCAAAUAAUAAAGGUCUGGAUAGUAACUAUGUUAAAGGUUUUGAAUUUCUGCUGAAGUUCCUCAGUUUAAAUGGCUAUUUGGUGGAUUUUACAAUGGCGUUGGUGAGGAUUACAGAGGAUGAUAUAAAUAUUGCGGAAAGAAAGAAGCUUGCUGCUUUGUGGAUUCAAGAAAUAUUAAAAACACUCAGAAAACAGCAGCAAUUUUUUGAAAGAGCUGUUUCCAGUGAAAUUGACCUCCAAGACAGAAAUAGUAAGGAAUUACUGAACCUCUACUUCCAUUGGUAUCCAAAUGAUAAACGUCAUCUUUUACUGGACUUAAGCCAACCUGUGCCACAGCAAUUUACCAAUAUGAAGUUCCUUCAACCAAUUAUAUCCACUUAUAAUCCAUACCUUAAAUAUUUUAUAAAAGACUUUCUGCUUCUAAUCAGACCUGAAUUACCAAGUCAUAUUGUAGACAAGAUUUGUACAUUAGCUGAAUUGAUAGGAUCGCCAGAGAAGUUUCCUGUUGAAUCUUCUAAAAUAUAUACAGUUGAUGAUUUGCAAAAGAAACAGAAUACAGAUAGUAUAGACAUUGUACAUGUUGAAAGUGGAGAAUGUUUUGUAAUUGAUAAAACAAAUUCACAUUUGACUGCUUUUGGAUUGUGGAAGAAAAGUUCAGAGGUCUACAAUUGGUCCAGUUGCCCUAUUGGACUCCUGCCAUGGCAACAAAUGAGCCAAAUAACAAUGGAUUUUGACCGAUGAUGGUUCAAAUAAUACUAAUAUUUUCACA